AUGCGGCCGGCGGAGUUUAGUCUGGUUAGCUUUGAAGCAUCGGGCCCUGCUAAUGGGACGCGCGCCCAGGCGGGGCCCAGCCAGGCCCAACUUAUUACUCUGAUGGCCCGCGGGGCGCCAGGCAGCCCUGCGAGCCGCCUGCUGCAUACAGCGCCGCCGCCGCCGCCGCCGCCGCCUGAAAGAAACUGCAAGACGUUUCCGCCGGCGAGGCUUUUAAUAGACUCUAAUGGCUUCAUAGCCCUUCCCUCCCAAAACACGGGCACCGCUCCCUGCACGCCGAGUUUAAUGAAUAAAUUGUGCGGCCCGCCGGCCAGCACGGACCCACGCGCCGGGUCUGGGGUGUGGGAGGCGCCGGCCACGCCCCCGCCGCCCCUCCCGCUGCUGCUACCCUGCUGGACACGGCGGAGUGUGGGGGACCCAAGACCGACGGCGUCCGCCCUGCCACCGGUUGCCUGGCAACCGUCUCUGCGAACACCCAAGUGCGGCUACACGAGUGGAAGCCGGCAGCGGGUCUGGUACACGAGGACCGUGGCGUCGACGCCGGUACUGAAGACGAGUGGAGUGGAAGGGACGUCGCCCGAGCACCAGCUGUAG